AAACAUAAUUUAUGUGUUUAGCUCGUCGUUGCGCCGUGUCAAUGAAAUCAUUUUAACUUAUCGCCAUGUCGGCAACCUCAUCGGUUGAAACACCCACAACACAAAAUCUUCAGAGUAAAACGGCAAUAGUCAUCAGUGAACAAAACGUGCAAUCGCAAUAUGUGAAACGUUCUUUUUCCGUAUCUUUAAGCGUGUCUUCUUCAACUUCAUUAGGAGCCGCUGGGUCGGCAAUCUCUCCAUCAGUAGAUGAGAGAACUGCUGUGAUUGCUCCACCGCAACUGCUUUUGCAGUCCUCAUCAUCCUCAACCUCAACAAAUGUGGCAGCCACAAUAGCAGCAGUGCAUCAGCGCAAAUCGUACUCUUUAGAGCAAAAAGAAUCAUCGUUGCGGCAUCAAGUAAAGCCAAACCAACAGCUCGCAAAUAUUUCGCUACCGGUAGCCAUGACUUCGUCAGAAGUGACGCCAUCGUUGACUGGAGCAUCUGUGGCUAUUCUAGGUACCUUAGAGGCUACCUCACGUCAUUGCACCAACGCCACAGGAAAAAUAGCACCGUUGACUUCACAGAAGAUGCACCGAACCAUACCAUCUGAUAAAAUUAACCUACGUUUAAUUCUCGUUAGUGGCAAAACCAAAGAAUUUAUAUUUAAUCCAUCAGAUUCUGCUGGUGAUAUUGCACAAACAGUAUUCGAUAAUUGGCCAACUGAUUGGACGCGUGAAGCCGUUUCUAAGGCUGAAAUUUUACGUUUGAUUUAUCAGGGACGUUUUCUUCAUUGCAAUGUAACGUUAGGAGCGCUGGGACUUCCAUUAGGCAAGACGACUGUUAUGCAUUUAGUGCCUCGUGAUAAUUUGCCUGAACCCAAUUCGCAAGAUCAAAGACAAAAGAGUAAAGGCGGUUCUGGAAGUUGCUGUUCAACAACGUGCUGCAUUUUGUAACUAAUUUUAUAUAUAAAAUAAAUUACUUAAAUGAAUGGAUGAUAAAAGACGAAAAUAGAAAAUAGUUUUUGUGCAGUCAUGAAAAUUAAGGAAUGAAAAAAACAAACUCCGUUUUGUUGGAAAUAUUAUUGUAUAUAAGGAAUAUAUUUUAUUUAUGCGAACUAUAAAUACGGGUAUUUGUAAGCAGAAGCUAAAUGCAAAAUGCUUAUUAUGUUCUACGCUGUAAUAGUCUGCAUAAAAACGUAUAAAAUGUAAAAUAUUACUACAAUACAAAAUAUGUUGAUCAAUCUUUACUGUAAACUUAAUUGAAAAAAGAAAAGAUCUUUAUGCACUAACUAAACAAUAUGUAAUAAGAUAAUUAAACCAAA